AUGAGCGGGACCCCUCGCGAGAAGUUGUUCAGCGAGGUGGAUGGUGGGGUUUUCACAUUCUCAUGCCCUGAUCUGAUAAUUUAUGGGUACUUCGUAUGCGGGUCACCAAGCCAGGUCCUCCGAGCCGACCGGGGGCUGCUGUCCUGCGGCUGCGGCGGGGUUGGUGGGGGAUCAGCCGCCGACACGCGGGAACUAACCGUUUACCAGCAGCACUCAGGGGCACUAGGCACUUGCAAAGAGCUUUGGUUCAGCUGCCUAGGAGUUUGCGCCGAUUUGCCUUUGCUCUGGGCGCAGAGUCACUGCUAUCGUGCCUACUCGCAAGUCAGGAUGUCCACAUCUAAGUAUGAUGAGUUGCUCCUUUCUCGACAUGGCCAUAGAAGUUGGGGUUUAUACAACGUGGCCUUGAUCCUCGUCACUUACUCGUUGUUCCAUAAUGCGAGACUCCUAAUUGUAGACUUCAUUCACUCCCGGUGGACGACGAGUUGCAAGUCCAUCCCCCGCACCGACGGACUGAACUCUCUCGAUGACCACUUUACUCCCUUUGCCAUAUGCCCCAUUUACCCGAAAGGCGGAACGCCCGUGACCACCUUCAUAGUAGAGAACAGCCAAGUGAAGGGGAGAGUCGACACACUUGGACAUCACGGUGGCCUGACGUCACGCCGUCCCCCCCGCGUUCUAUGGUCCCCAAUACCUCCUGCGCCUAUCCCCAUCAAGGACGGCGACGAAGACCAGGGCGAUAUUACACACGAGCUGAGACGUGAGGGCAAAGGAAGAAAUCACUUAGGUAUGCCGGCAGUCCGCUUCACCUACUGCAGACUCCCAGCAAACCUGUUCUCAUCUUCCCUCAUUGAUUCUGGGCCCCUGCAUAUCUAUUCCCCCAUUCCAGCUACCCCGGUCUUCAAGCCGGUGCCGCCAUUCCAAGGUUCCAGGCCUCAUCAGACCACGCCUCUUCCCCUCCCCCUAGCUCUCCCCACGGGGUACGAACGCCUACGGCUGCGCAUCUUGACGUGA